GCGUUGCUCGCAUCCGCAGUGCGCGUCGUGCAUGCUCGGUCUGCGUGUUGUACGGUGAAGCGGACGAAGAGAGGCGACAUACGUGCGUACGCGCGCGCUGGCGUACUGACGACAUAGCGAUUGUUCUCUUGUCGUCGUCGUCGUCGUCGUGGAGCGGCAGCUUGCCUAACAGCUGGCCUAGCGUUCUUCGUGCAGCCGCGGAAAUGACCGUGGCGAUCCGCGACAAUUGCAGCCGCAGCAUGACUACGAGCAGUCGGAAAGUUGUCGCGGGGAUGUGAGCGCGCGAGAGCGUAGCGCGUCGUCACCCUGGCAAGAGACGACGGGGGACGCGCUGCAAACACGACCUCGUGUUGCUACGCGAUAAACACGUAUUGGCGAUCGCGCCGAAGGGAGCAGGUAGCGACGACGACGAGGUGGCCCUAUUACCAGCGUGGUGAACGAUGGCUGAUUUCGACGCGAUCUACGAGGAAGAGGAGGAGAAUGAGCAGAACUUGGAGGAGCACUACGUCGCCAUGGUGCCGGAUCCGAUCGUAAUCCGCGGAGCUGGCAAUAUGACGGUAUUUGGUCUCAGCAAUCGUUUCGAAUCGGAGUUUCCUAAUGGCCUCGUGUCCCGCGUAGCUCCAGAAGAAUUCAAAGCAACUGUUAUGAGAAUAAACAGUGUGUUAAAAAAGACUUUGCCUGUUAAUGUUAAGUGGUUGUUCUGCGGUUGCGUAUGCUGCUGCUGUACUCUAGGAUGUUCUCUGUGGCCUGUCAUUUGUUUGAGCAAGAGGACACAACAUUCGUUAAACAAAUUAUUAGAAUGGGAAAAUAGUAGGCUCUACCAUAAACUCGGGUUACAUUGGAGAUUGGCGAAACAAAGGUGUGACAGCUCCUCCAUGAUGGAAUAUGUUCUCUUAAUUGAAUUUAUUCCAAAGAUACCGAUCUAUAAGCCCGACUAAGUAAAUAUGGAAGUCAUAUACAGUUAAUAAUAAAUGAAUAUAAAUCUCGUGCGAGUAUACAGGAUGUUCAUCGUAACAGUUCGUACGAUUUUUGAGACUCUUGCGAUAAUUUGAAGAAAAACUUUCGUUCGGAAACUUUUUCCUCAAAUAAUGAACAUCCCGUAUAUAGCGUCGAAUGCAAUCGCGAUUGAUGUGCAAGGUAAUGCUGAUCAAGUGCCGCUACACGACGAUAUAGGUACUUUCCAGUACUUAUGUAACGCAUAUUUUUGUAAAUACCAUGGGUAGGAACGCACAGUACAAUAAUUCGAGGUAAUGAUGGCGUUUAGGUGGCGUUUUGAUUGUAAAGGGAGAGAGAGAGAGAGAGAGCUAUUUGUCCAUAAUACGAGAAGGACAUCGUGAACAAGUUAGAUGAGUGUUUCCUAUCCUUUACGUUAGAUCGAAAUUUUAAGAAAUAGAUGCGAUUAUUUUUUUCAUCGUUCUUUUCGUUUUUACAAUGGACUUCUCAUGGCGAGAAACACGAAGCUCGAUAGCUUCUUUGCCAGUUCUGUUUAGUCAUUUUAUACGAUUAUAUACGUGGAUCAUUUGAAAGGCUUGCGUCCUAAUACAGAGACAGCGCAAACUUUCAAACGACUCGUGUAUAAUCGUAAACGUAAUAAUUUCGAAUAAUUUUAUAAUUUCCAGAAAAGCAAUUGAUUGUCUCUCAAAUCAUAAUUUCUUUUCGGAUUCUCUGUAUAAUGUUUGGUAAUCCGUACUCGUCAAGGUAGAGUUGAAAUUUUCAGGUAAGAAAUUAAUCUGAUUCAGUACAACGAACAUAUAUUAAAGUAUGGAUAGUAAAAGGAACGGAGCAAGCUCGCUAUAAAAGGAAAAAAAAAAAUCUGUCUAUGUGUGUUAUGCGACGCGCACUCGCACGCAUGCACUCACGCACGCGCCCACACUGAGAGAAAAAUAUAGUUGCCUUCGGCGUCUACCAUACUUUUUUGUAAUUUUAACUAGAAAAAUAAUUAGACGAACAAUCGUUCUAAUAACAAUAGUUUAUUCAAUUAGCAGUAGGUAACCGUACUAAAACAAUGGUUUUUCUAAUUAUUUUUGUGGUUAAAAUCACGAAAGCAUAUAGUUGACGCCAAAGGCAACUAUAUUUUCCUCUCAGUGCAUGUUGUACAUACGUACGUACAUGUACAUAUAGAAAAAAAAAGUUAUUUUAACAAUAGGUUAAUUUCUUACCACGGUGAUAUUAGAAAGUAUAGUAUGUAAAGCGCGGCUUUACUUCCCGAUACAAAUUUGACGAGAUAUUUUAACACGAGAACGAAUUAUUAUCUGGAAUCGAGAAGCGGCACGUUUGUACGCGCGAUUUAAAGGUAUCGAGUGUAGACGCGAGGACAUGUAGAGAUAGCGAUCGCUGAUAAAUUUAUAGAGUGUAUCGACGAUAAAAGAGGAAGAUUUUAAUUGCUAAACGCGGCGGUUUAUAAUGGGGCAAACAGUACGGCUAUUGCCGCACGACAGCGUGAUUAUGGACACGGAAGGACGGAGGAAAUAUAUCAUAGGAGGUUACCUUGAGCGAGCCUCUUGGCUCUUGUCUCGUAAUGAAGGCUAAUGUUUUAGCAUACGUGCGUAUCGUCGUAAUUCUUUGUUCACGGACAUCUCUUUUUGGUAUAUUAAAGGUUGUCUCUCUCUAUCCGUCUAGAUGGCGGCAGACAGAAGUUUGUCAGUUCUCUGUUAAAAAAAAUUCUUCAACGUUUUUGGAUUGGAAUAAUCGAGGCGUGACGGUAACGGACACUGUGAUAUUCCAAUAUAAAAACAUUGAAGAAUGUUUUAACGAAAGUUCGACAGAUUCCUGUCUACCGCCGUUCAGACGGAUAGUGAAAAUCAAUCUUAACACGUUCCGUGUCGCCGGUGAUCCACGCCGAAUUUUGAGUUCAGGCCAUUUUGAUCGAAAAUGUAACCCUGAAAUACUCUUAUAAGCAGAACUGAGCGAGUUAAUUUUUUAAAUUAAGUUUAAAGUUAAUGGACUUAUACUAUUAACUUGGUUAAGUUAAAAGUCACAUAAACAAAAACUAAAUUAAAAGAUUAAGUCAACUUAGUAAAAUUAAAAGUUAAUUAUGUAAAAUAAUAUAUACAUAUAUAUGUGUUUUUCGUAUAAUUAACUUUUUAAUUGUAAACUAAAUUUGUGUGAAAUAAUGAAAAGGGAGUUUUCAAUCUAAUCUUUUAUGAAAAGAAAUAAACGACUGUUUUGUGCUGAUACAAGAGAAGCACACUGUCGCUCAGAAAAACAGACAUGUUGGUAUCAUUUUUUAUUUUCCGUAUUCUGCGUGUAAGCAGAAUUUUAGCAUUGAUGAUUUUAGCGCGAUGAUUUUAGCAUUGGUUAUUAGUAUUAUGAUUUUAACUUAUAUGAAAUAAAGUUAAAGAUAUUAAAUUUUAAAAUAAGUUUAAUAAAAGGUAAAAACUAGUUUAAAUUAAUUUUUCAACAUAACUUUUAAUUGGUUAGCUAGUUAUUUCUCAACUCUGCUUAUGAGUAUUAUGAGACACAUGUUAUUUAAGAAAUAUAACACGACACAUGCGGGUCAUCGAUGACUCAUGCGACGUGAAUAACAAGUCACAUAAAAUUAAUCCGGCACGGAACGUGUUAAAUAGUAUUAUAUACAUACAUUCUGCAUCCAAGUAAAAAUUGCUGAUCGAUAAAUAUUAAUUUUCCGAGUAAUAAUCUCAUUUCGAUCCGUUUGCAAAGUGACGCGUCAUGAUACUGUUUACCCUAUUUUUGUUACUAAUGAACCGCUUCCUGCUUACGGCGGGAAUAGGGAUAGCGAGAUAUCGGGUCAGAGUCUCCCAUGUGAAGUGUCAAGGAGUGUGUGGUCGUGUCGGCACUGUGUUUCACAUUAACACUCUGAUAUGGUUCCGCACAGAUAUUUCUCUCUGCUAGCGACUUGUCUAACACGCGAUAAUUACAUGCGGCCGUUGCCGUUGCAUUGUUUUCACGCAUUAACGGACACUAAAUUCGAGCGAAUUUUACUCGUCGUCGGGCGCCCACGAAAGACAACAAAGAGAGGUUGUAGUAGAAAGUAUGCAAGAGGCUUGUGAAAAUGCUGCAAGUAUUUCUGUUGCUAUUCAGUGGCUGUGAUCGAGAACAAAAGACUAGUUUCGAAUUUUUCGAAUGCGUAUCGCAAACACGAGCUACGCGCAACACCCGUGCUUUAUCUUACGAGGUUCUACAUUUGAAGCCUUUUGUAGAAUACCAGAUUUAAUCUGUUUCUCUAACGUUUGUACUUAUCCCGUAGAAUAAUUAAGUCGAGGCGACGACGAGCGUUUGCGUCGUAGAGGCGUGUGUCUGUGUCAUGUAGCAUUAGUGAAGGGGUGAUAUAUGCCGCCAUAUCUCUGAUUUCAACCGCGAGCUGUAGGUAUGAUCCAUCGAUCAUUGAUACCUCAAGGGAAAAAAAAACAAAGUGGUAUUUGCGCAGAUCUUUAUUUCUCCCUGAAAAUACGAAGAAACGAUUAUACUCUCAAUGAUCUGUUGGAUAAUUAAUCAUGUAAACGAUAGGUACGUUAGAAGCGAUCAUGAAAAAUCAAGUCGGCCCCAGACGGCAAAUGUAUUGUAAAUAUUAUUAAAUGUAAUAUAAAAAUUUAUAUUGAAGUAUUGAACUGCUCGAUAAGUUCGUAGGUAUUUCGAUGAAAAAUUAAAAGUCGUCUUAUUAGUUGCGAGUAAUUAGUUACUUUUUUUAAAUCAAUGGACGAUUGAUAUAAGCCAAUUUAAUUGAAGAAUACUUAAUCGACAAUUCAUUUCAACGAAUUCAAUUAAAGAUCGUUCAAUUGGCGAUCGACAUGAGCGAAGGCAAUCAAAGAUCAUUCCAUUAACGAUUGAGCUUAGCAAAUUCAUUAACGGUUAUUCAAGCAAAUUUAUGCUCAUACAUAUCAACCGUCAAUUAAUUGCAACUUAUUUGUUUUAUUCGGCCAUUAAUCGAGAAAAAUUUAAUUGAUAUUUCUACAACUCUGGGCUUAACUUUAUUCAAUAAUUUUACCGUUCUUCUCGAUGGCAGAUGACCGAAAAAAUGGAAAAUGUAAAAUUAUGCCUAAUUACAAAAAUGUUGGAUUUAAUUUUUUGUAGAAAUCUCUAGGAACUUAUCAAAAAGCCGAAAGAUACACAUACAUGUUAUAGCCAACGUUAGGAUUUGCACUUGCCAACGUUUACAUUCGCCAUGUCGCAUGGAGCCGACUUAACAUUAUCAAUUACAAUGAACGGGUAUACGAACAAACCAUUGUUCGACUGUUGCUUGUUCCUUCUUCUGGUAAUCCUACAGGUAAAAUAAUAAUAGCUUUUGCGUGUAACGUCUCUGUCAAUGGGUCAACUGACAAAGCAGCUUGUAGGAAAAGAAUCGAGAUGUAUUGUGUGUUGGAACCAUACACGCAUACGGUUUUUUCUAAACUCUUGACUAUCGUAAUCCGCUCGAUAGCACGUAUUGAAGAUGAGGCUGUGUUAGAUUGGUCAGAGCGAGAAACAGCUUUUAAACUCUGUUCGUGAACGAUUUUCUCGCGUAUUCCCAGAAAUGUGGAUUACUUAACUUGCCGAUGAACAGUGGUGGAUGUGAAUUCUGUUGCUCGCUUCUAAAUACCGACACGGUCUAAUCGUGCAAUCUCUUGGACUCUACGUACACCAAGCAUCGCGAAAACUCAGACAAAAUGCAAAUAAUGUAACUACAUAUUAUAGUUCGCAAGUGACGUAAAUUACUCUUAGUUUUUAUCGCAGCAGAGUUAGGCCGUACACGCUAAAGAAAGUUAUAGUAAUUACUAAGUCCACACGAAAAUUUUCGGAAUUCACACGGUCUUUCCCUCGCACAGGUUAUAAACUAUGUAAACUCUGUAAAAAAAAAAAAAAAAAAAAAGAAAAAGGAAGAACGUGCACACAAAAUCGGCUCUUAUCGUGUUUUGUCGUUGGCACGAGUAAAUAUUUCAAAUACACGCAGAUGGAAAAUUUUAUAAUAAUAAUCGACAUUACGUGAACUUGCUUUCGGGAUAAUUUCACCAGUAUUGCGAUGUCGAAGAAGCAUAUUACGCGAACUACACUGGUCCAUAAAAAAAGUAACUUUUUUGUCACAUGGUUAUGUCCAUCAUAUUUGUGUGUGUCAAAUUAUGUAAUUUAUACAAUAUUUUUUACGUUAGAUUAAAAAUGCAAACAGAUUUUUUCCAUAACCCAGAGUUUUCCAGUGAUAUGAUUUUGAAAUAAUUUUAAAAUAUAAUAAUUUUUAGAUUUCAAGAAAUUAGUUUUCACUGUACAGACAUGAUUUAAAUUUUUUCGAAACGCGUACUGAUUCUUUACUGUAGUUAUUUAUUUGCUGUGGAUAAUUUGGCUUAUAAUAUGUCUUUUGUAAAAAUAAAACUUAUAUCAGUUUUUAUCAUAGCUUGUGCCUGAUUGGAGAAAAAUUACAUAAAAGAAGAAAAAUCAUUAAUCUUAAUCUAAAUGAAGUUUUAUGAACAAAUAUAUUGCUUAAAUGGAGAAACUUUUUAUGGAAAAUGCUUGAUAGUACUUCAAUAUAAAAAAUUUAGGAUUAAAUCGAAUCCCGAAUUACAUGAAAUGUCGCAUAUACAAUAUCUUAGAUAGGCAAACCUGCAGAAGCAAGUUUUAUGCAUUGUCUACUGUAAAUUUUGUCGAUAGAAAUAUAACAAGAUCUGCUAGCAGAAUAUUAUGGCAGCUUAACCGUAGAGUAACUGAACAAGAUUAAUUGUUCUGUAAUCAUUUAAAUGGAAUAUACUGCAAAUCCUGCUCGGUUUCUGCCGUCAAUUUGUUAAAAUUAUGUCAACAGGCUUUGUCGACAAAACACGAAAUUAGCGCACGCAGAUGGCUAUGCAUCUGCUAUAGUAUUCUCAUCGAAUUUGCUACCAAUCUGCCGGCACCCUGCUAACAUUUUACUUGUUGGUAUGUUAAAUCUCAGAUGAUUAUGAGAAAACUGCGAACGAUAGAGAAAUUCUAAAUUUUACAAUUUUAACGCAUGAAAAUACACAAGAUAUACAUCAGGAAUUCCAUGUGACAAAUUACCUGUCGGCCGGCGUUAUCUAUCCGAAUGAUACGACAACACAUGUUUUACAUAGUUUACACGUAGACGUAUACUCUGUCGAUGUUUAUGCGUAGUUUACCUGGCAACUAGUUCGUGAGUAAAACAAAUCGCGUACUCUCUAAAUUUUUUAGAGUGGAGUAUCUCAUUCAAAACGAAUGGAAAAUGAUAGUAUUUUCCUCGAGCGACAGUGAAAAUACUGCCAUAUGAAAUCACAAGAAUGAAUACUUCAUUCAACUUUAGAAAUUCUAUAUAAAUGAAUAUUUCAGUCGAUUAGAAUGAAUAUGUUUCUCUGACGGUGAAGCACCAUCUGAUUUACUUGACGGUUCAGAGUCGAGAUCUUAUUUUAUAUGCAUGAAAAAUCACUCGAAUUCAAGUGACUCGAUGAUCACUCUAUUUUUCGAGUGAAACUUCACUGGAAAAAAUUUAGAGGGUGAGAAAUUGUGCAUUUUGAACGAGCGCGCGCGUCCCAUAGUUUAAAAUUAUUUUUUCAACUCGCGUCAUCUUACAGGGAAACUCAGUUAAUAUUUGUAUUACGUCAGAUGCGUGCGAACGGGAAGAUGUAUAUCGAAGCAUCCUUCGACGAAUAUUCUUAUAUUUAUUCAUAUCAUGGAGUACACACGUCGCACAUUUUCAUGAGUGUCAACGUUAAAUCUAACCCGGGUAUAAAUAUCCGCGGCAAAGGCGAACAGACGUGUCGCAUGGAAACCAAUCGCUCAGAGUUGGUCGGCAUCUCGUUUCGCUUAUUAUCACUCUAGAAAUCAGGCGUUACUCCGUGAAGCAAAAGUAUCUUUUCUCGAAAUAAGAACAUUGAGUUUGUAUAGAUAAUCGGCAGUACGGCCGAGUUAUAGGAGUGUAUUAAUUAAUAAUGUAAAUAGAAUCGAUGAGAGGAAAUUGAAAUGUAAAACGAGACGACUCGUAGUAUCGAUCAAAUUGCAAAACAUCGGAGAGCAGGAGAUAUAUUUUUGAUAGAGAAUGGGGCAGAGAAAAGAGUGUGUGACGAAUGAUCAAUCGUUAUCAGAGUAGCUGAAAUUCACGAUUCGUGUGGUGCGUGGAAGGAUGGACGUGCAUUGCCCUACAAAAUCGAAAUCUCGAAAUUCACAUGCUGGGACAAUUUCCCGAAAAGCCAUAAUACUGAAAUGUGAAUAUUGAGAUACUAUUUUCCCGAUUUUUAUAUAGUUAUUCUAAGGAGGAACAAUUACUCCGAAAACAGUGCAAACAGGUGCAUUAAUACUUAUUUGGAUAUUUCUUGCUGCACCCAAGCGAGCAGAUACUAAUGCAUCCGACUGUACAACGAAAUAACUUAUUGCAAAAUACAGUUUUCCCAAAAUAUUUGAUAUUAUGAUUUUUCGGGAAAACUGUAUGCUUCUCCAAUAUUUCGAUAAAACUGUAUUUCGAGGGAUUCUCAAAUAGGCAUAUUCUGGCAUAUUGUUCAAGAAUUUCACCUGUAUAUAAAAGAAAUUGUUUAAUGUCAUGAAAAUUGCGGCAACAUUCUGUUACCAUGAAAAUUGCUGCUUGUUUUACUGAGAAGGGAAUACAAUUAUUCUGAAAUUAUCAUAGUAAUAAGAAAUAAAUAUUUUGUUUAAAAUUUAUAACCUAAUAAGAUUAUGAGUAUUUUUUAAAACAAUACAUUUUGAAUACAUUAUGCUACAUUUUUACAAUAACAUCACAAAGUAUAUAUUAAGGCCCGGUUCCACAAAUUCGAGUUUAAACCGAACUUAGCUAAACAAUCGUUAAAUUUAAUGCUACGUUAAGCUUGUUUUUCACUGUAGGUUACAUAAUUCAAAUUUCAGUAUUUUGACCUUUCAGCAAAUUGUUCGACUUUUUAAAUUUCGGUAUAUUUUUGUUUAGAACGAUGCAUAUCCACCUGUGGAGUUUGUGAAACGUUUACGUUUCUAGCGAGUCGAGUGUAUACGUCGCAGCGAAGUGAUCGCGUUUUAAGUCGAGACGAAUGAAUUUUCGGAACGUCGCAUAUCAUGUUACACUACAUUCGAUCCGUGCGCAUUAGUCAACGUCGUAUUUUAAACCGAUAACCCGUCGAAGCAUUUAUUUACGUAACAUUUAUAGGAGAAAAGGAGAGAAAGCUACGGUUGUAGUUGCAGCGCUGGAACAAAUCGGCUAAUAGUGAAAUUAUUGUCGAGCUAUCGUGGUUUCAACAUGUGCCUUUCACUCGUGAAUUUGUGUGAAUCAUAUAUAUGUAAAUAUUAUAUGUUAAUGAUACAUGUUAAGAAAUAUAUUUGUAUAGAAUGAGA